GCAGAACUUCUCGUUACUAAGUCAAAGACAACAAGCAUGGCUGACAAGGUCCCCGUCACGGUGCGCACGCGCAAGUUCCUCCGCAACACGCUUCUGGCUCGCCGCCAAAUGGUGGUGGAGGUCAUCCACCCGGGCCGCGCCAACGUGCCCAAGGCUGAGCUUCAGGAGAAGAUCGCCAAGAUGUACAAGGUGAAGGACGCCAACACGGUCUUCCUGUACGGCUUCCGCACCCAGUUCGGUGGCGGCAAGUCCUCGGGCUUCGGUCUCGUGUACGACACGGUGAACGACGCCAAGCGCUUCGAGCCCAAGUACCGUCUGAUCCGCCAGGGUCUGGUCGAGAAGGUCGAGACCUCGCGCAAGCAGAUUAAGGAGGCCAAGAACCGCGGCAAGAAGGUGCGCGGUGUCGGCCGCCGUAUCGCUCGCCACAAGGCCGCUAAGGCCAACAAGUAGAGUGUUAACUCGGUCGCCACAGCGACGUCGAUUCUGGCCCGAGCGAGCGCUCGCUGCGCUGCUCACUGCGCUUGGCUCGUUGUCGCCAUUCCGCUGAGAGUAUUUUGGGGAACAAGAAGGUCAUGCUGGGAAGUGUAACUAGUCAAGAAACUCACACGUUUGCUUGAUCAACCACGUC